AUGUCUUCGAUUAGUUCAACACUUAAACACGCCCUUUCAAGCUUCCAGGACACGGUGAAAGUCAAGGAUUUGCGCACGGAUACGGUAGAAUGUACUCCGUCGAGUGGUCUGACGACGGAUCAUGGCGUCAAAGUAGCAGACACAGACAACUGGUUGAAAGUGUCCGACGGGUCCCUCGCGGGUCCGUCUCUCCUCGAAGAUCAAAUCGCUCGAGAGAAGAUCCAUCGUUUUGACCACGAACGAAUCCCAGAACGCGUCGUACAUGCUCGUGGAACGGGUGCUCAUGGGUACUUUCGAGUGUUUGAUGACUCGGCAGCGAGAUGGACGAUGGCACCCGUCCUAACCGACCCGUCGCGUACCACGCCUAUAUUUAUUCGGUUCAGCACUGUCCAAGGGUCGAAAGGUAGCGCGGACACUGUUCGCGAUGUACGAGGCUUCGCCAUGAAAUUCUACACGGAGGAAGGGAAUUGGGACCUCGUUGGCAACGAUAUUCCCGUGUUCUUCAUCCAAGACGCCAUGAAGUUUCCGGAUAUCGUCCAUGCCGUCAAGCCUGAGCCCCAGAACGAAGUUCCGCAAGGCCAGUCUGCGCAUAACAAUUUCUGGGAUUUUGUUGGGCUUCAACCUGAAUCGGCGCACAUGGUGAUGUGGGUUAUGUCUGACAGAGGCGUUCCUCGUUCCUUCCGCAUGAUGCAAGGUUUCGGGGUAAACACCUACACUCUCAUCAACGCAGAGGGCAAACGCGUCUUCGUCAAGUUCCAUAUGAUCCCCGAACUUGGUGUACACAGCCUGGUCUGGGACGAGGCAUUGAAAAUUUGCGGACAAGAUCCUGACUUUCAUAGAAAGGAUUUGGAAGAAGCUAUCAAAUCCGGUGUUUUCCCCAAGUGGACUUUCGCCAUCCAGGCCAUCGAAGAGAAGGACGAACACAACUUCGAUUUCGACAUCCUGGACGCGACCAAAGUGUGGCCGCAAGAUUUAGUACCGCUCCACACGAUAGGCGAAUUCGUCCUCAACAGGACGGUCGACGAGUUUUUCCCGGAGGUGGAGCAGGUAGCGUUCUGCACCAGCCACGUUGUGCCCGGUAUAGGGUUCAGCGACGACCCGCUGUUGCAGGGGCGCAACUUCUCGUAUUUUGAUACGCAGAUCACAAGGUUGGGCGUCAAUUGGGAGCAGAUUCCCAUAAACCGACCAAUUUGCCCUGUGAUGAACCACCACCGCGGUGGGGCGGGGCAACAUCGCAUUCAUACUGGCUCUCUUAAUUACUUCCCGAAUCGUGACAAUGUUGGACAUCCCAUUUCGCCCUCUCAAGGCGGUUACACGGAACACAAAGAGAAGGUUGUUGGUAUCAAGCAGCGAGUCCGGGGCGCCAAAUUCCAGGAGCACUUCAAUCAGGCCCAGUUGUUCUACAACUCCUUGACUGACUAUGAGAAGGAACAUCUCAAGGCGGCCAUCUCUUUCGAGCUGAGUCACUGCGAUGACCAAAGGGUGUAUGAAACUUACAGCCGAGUUCUGAACAACAUCGACUUCGAUCUGGCGAAAACCGUGGCGCAAAACGUGAAUGGCAUCGUGCCAGAGAAGCCAGCUCGCCAGAACCACGGCAAAAAGGACCCAACCUUGUCGCAAACGUUCUACUCUCCGAAGACGCCUACAAUUGCCACUCGCCGAGUCGCUAUUCUCGUUGCGGAUGGUUUCGAUAUGCCCGAAGUUGAGGCUGUCCGUGCUACAUUAGCGAGCGCCCACGCGACGACCUGGAUCAUUGGCCCUCGUCGAGGCACAGUCUACUCUGCUGGCGAAACCAUCGGUAGUGGCAAAGGUCUUGUUGCGGAUCACCAUUUGAAGGACAACGCUCGACAAUGUAUGAUGCGCUCUACAUUCCUUCGGGUGCUACUCAUGCUAAAGCACUCGCGCAAAAUGGUCGCGCCACUCACUGGAUCCGCGAGGCCUUUGGGCACUGCAAGGCCAUCGGGGCUGUUGGCGAUGGUGUUGCUACAGUCCAUCUUGCAUUAA